GGACUUCUGCAGUUCCCUGCCGGUUUUUUUUUUUUUUUUCAUCCCGAUAAUUUUCUUCGGUUGGAGGCCGCAAAAUCCAGCAAAUGCUUUCUAUCCUCCACACUGACUCAGGCCGGAAGAUGGCUUCUGCUAAUUACCAGCCGCCACUGAUCCUCUCGGACUCCGAUACCGACUCCGACUGCGACCACUCUAAUGCUGGAUCUGAGCUCUCGAACUCUAUCUUCAAAUCCUACUUAGAAUCGUCAUCGUCAUCCUCCCUCACCGCCGUUGAUCUUUCCAAGAUCCAAUCGUUCGUCACCACAUCCUCAUCCGGCGCUCUAUCGUGCCUCAUAUGCCUCGAGCGCAUAAGGCUCUCCGAUCCAACCUGGUCCUGCUCCUCGCUGUGCUUCAGUAUUUUUCACCUCCUCUGCAUCCAAUCCUGGGCCCGCCAGUCCUCUGACCUCUCCGCCGCCCGUGCCGCCACUCGCUUACCGAUAUCUGCCGAGACAGCCUCCGAUCAGGCAACCUGGCACUGCCCCAAAUGCAGAUCCCCUUACUCAAAAUCAGAAAUUCCCAGAAAAUAUCUCUGCUUCUGCGGUAAACUCGAGGAUCCACCCUGUGAUAAUCCCUGGAUUUUGCCCCAUUCUUGUGGUGAAGUCUGCAACCGCCCUUUGAAGCACAAUUGUGGACAUUUUUGUUUGCUUUUGUGCCACCCUGGACUUUGCCCGUCCUGCCCCAAGCUGAUUAGAACGCGGUGUUUUUGUGGUUCUGUAGAAGAUGUCCGCCGCUGCGGAUUCAAAAACUUUUCUUGUAACAAGUCUUGUUCCAAGCUUUUGGAUUGCAAGAAACACAGAUGUUCUCAAAUCUGCCACGAAGAGACGUGCCCACCCUGCCGGGCAAGGGGUACCUACCGGUGUCGGUGUGGAAAAAAGGAAGAGGAGAGAGACUGCUGUGACCGGGAUUUCCAGUGUGAGAAUCCUUGUACAAAUGUUCUUGGAUGUGGAAAACAUGUGUGCCAGAGAGGAUGUCAUUCUGGAGAUUGUGGUCAGUGUCCACUUCAGGGGAAGAGGACCUGCCCUUGUGGCAAGAGAGUGUAUGAAGGCAUGUCCUGUGACGUUGCAGCGCCAGUUUGUGGUGCCACUUGCAACAAACUGUUAGACUGUGGUUUUCAUAGGUGUCCUGAACGGUGCCACCGGGGGCCUUGUGUUGAGACCUGUAGGAUUAUGGUAACCAAAUCUUGCCGGUGUGGUGGAUUGAAGAAAGAGGUUCCUUGCUAUCAAGAUUUGUCAUGUGAGAGGAAGUGCCAGAGAAUGAGGGAUUGUGGACGCCAUGCUUGCAAGCGUCGUUGUUGUGAUGGGGACUGCCCCCCAUGCUCAGAGGUUUGUGAUAGGAGGCUUCGAUGCAAGAACCAUAAAUGCCCUGCGCCUUGUCAUAGAGGCACCUGUGCUCCUUGUCCUGUGAUGGUGACAAUUUCAUGUGCAUGUGGUGAAACACACCUUGAGGUUCCCUGUGGUACAGAGAUGGAUCAAAAGCCUCCUAGAUGUCCUAAGCCAUGCAAGAUAGCACCUAUGUGCAGGCAUAGCUCAAACUGCAAGCCACAUAGAUGCCAUUAUGGAGCUUGCCCUGUUUGUCGACUACCUUGUGAUGAAGAAUAUCAAUGUGGCCAUUUGUGCAAAUUAAGGUGCCAUGGCCCUCGACCUCCUCCAAACCCUGAAUUCACAUUAAAACCAAAGAAAAAGAAAUUAAAUCAUCAAAGGGAAUCUACUCCUGGUACUCCAUGUCCUCCUUGCCCAGAACUUGUUUGGAGGUCAUGUGUUGGUCAGCAUUUUGGGGCAGAGAGAAUGAUGGUUUGCUCAGAUAGAACACAAUUUUCAUGUGAUAAUUUAUGUGGAAACCCUCUUCCUUGUGGCAAUCAUUAUUGUACAAAAACUUGUCAUCCCCUGAAGAGCCAGUCUUCAACAUCAGAAAAACACAAAAGCAGUGAGUCUUGUGAGGAGUGUGAUCUUCGUUGCCAGAAGGAAAGGCUGCCCUCCUGUCAACACCCUUGCCCCCUGCAAUGUCAUCCUGGAGAGUGCCCUUCAUGCAAGGUGCUUGUAAAACGGUCUUGUCACUGUGGCUCAAUGGUACAUGUCUUUGAGUGCAUAUAUUUUAAUAGCCUCUCUGAAACAGAGAAAGCAACUGUCCGCUCAUGUGGAGGGCUUUGCCAUAGAAAGUUGACCAACUGUACACAUCUCUGCCCAGAAACAUGCCAUGCUGGUGAAUGCCCUUCACCUGAAAAGUGCUCCAAGAAGGUUACUGUUCGCUGUAAGUGCCUAACCUUGAAAAAGGAAUGGUUAUGCCAUGAUGUUCAAGCCACUUAUCUUAACUCUGGUUGCGAUCCCAAAGAUAUAUCUAAGAAUCAGUUCGGACUGGGACUUCUGCCUUGCAAUUCGGAAUGUAAGACAAAAGAACAGGCUGUUGAUUCAGGGUUACAAUUGCGUAAACCCAAGGUUUUGGAGGAAAAGGAGUCUGAAAAUGAAAAGCAUCUACCAAAGCGUAGAAAAAGAAAAGAUCGGGUUCAAGAGGCCAAGCAAAUCUCAAAACUACAGCAAACUCUUGCCACCAUGAAGCGGCUAUUUUUGUUUGUCAUCAUCAUAAUAACUCUGCUUGCAGCAGUGUGUUUUGGUUACAAGGGCCUCUUAAGGCUCUCAGAUUGGAUGAAUGAAGUUGAAGUGCAAAGAGCAAGAAGAAGAUAUCCCCGAGCCUAAUUAAAGUCAGGUUAGUUUAAGCAAAGUUAUAUGGCAAAUACUCAUAGACAUUCUUUUCCUUAAUAGAACUAGAAAAUAGUCAGUCACCAAAUGCAUUCUGUAUAUUGUUUUUUUAUCUUUCAAAAUUUUGGAAUUCUUUGAUUUCUCAUCAAUGUGUGGCAUAAGGAGCAUAUGAUAUAUGACUUUACACAAUAAAUUAAUUUCUUAAAG